AUAGUACACCAUGUGGAUCAAUCAUCAAGUUGUCUAUCAUCAACUCAAGAUGAAAGUAAAUAUGUUCUGUUAAAAAUAGUUAUUAAAAUGCCAGCCAAAUCAAAGAAGUUCAUUGACAAGAAAAAUGCAGUGACUUUCCAUUUGGUCCACAGAAGUCAGAGGGAUCCACUGCAAGCGAAGGAGGAAUCAUCCAAACAUGUUCUACUUCCUGUUGAGAAAAAGGAAUUAAGCCAAGAAGAGAAGCAAGAGGAGCAGCAUAAAUACGGCAUAUUUUAUGAUGAUGAUUAUGACUAUUUACAACAUUUAAAAGAUCUGAAUCAAGUGUAUGAGUUAGAGGAAGCUGUUCCCAGGGAAGAAAAGAAUGCGAAGAUCAGUCUUCCAUCCUCUGUGUUUGCUUCUGACCUUGAAAAAGAUGUAGGACUCCUUAAUGAGGCAGUUCCUGUCAGAGGACCCAGGCCAGACUGGGACCCAGAUAUAGUAGCAGCAUUGGAUGAGGAUUUUGACUAUGAUGAUCCAGAAAACCAACUGGAGGAUGACUUCAUAGCCAUAGCAAAUGCUGGGGAGGGUCCUGAAUGUAAUGAGGAUGGGGAUUAUGAGGGGGAAGUUGGAUCUGAUGUUGACUUUGGUUCUGAUGAAUGUGAAAUGUCUGAUGAUGACUUCGGAAGUGAUGAUAGAGGGAAGAUGUUCAUGGAAGAAGAAACAAAGUCGAGAUUUACUAAUUACUCAAUGUCUUCAUCAGUAAUUAGGAGAAAUGAGGGGUUAACUCUGUUGGACGAUAGAUUUGAAAAGUUGUAUGAGCAAUAUGAGGACACAGAAAUUGGUGCUCUGGACAAUGAAGAUGUUGAUGGAUAUGUUGAACAAGGCAGCCAUAUGCUAGACACAAUUCUGGAGGAUUUUGAAAAACAGCAAGAAGAAAACCGUAGAAACUUGCAUUCCAUGAUGGAUGAUGAACGUCCAGAUGACCUUGGAAUAGAGGUCAAAAGUGAGGAGGAAUCUGAUAAUGAGGCUGACCUUGUACACAUGGUGAUAGAAAAACCCAAGGAGAAAUGGGACUGUGAAUCCAUUAUCAGUACCUAUUCCAAUUUAUAUAACCAUCCCAAGUUGAUAGAGGAACCCAAAAAGGAUAACAAGAUCAAGCUGACAUCUCGGCUGAAGAUCCCGGAAGGCGUGCUAGAACAGCCAGGAUUAACUCGUAAACGGAUUGAGCAAGAGAUGAGGGACAGUAGACGAGCUGAUAAAGCCAGUACAUACCGACCUCCAAAGGAGACUACAGAGGAACGUAAACAGAGAAAGCAAGCAGUAAAGCUAGAGAGAAUGGAGAGAAGAAUGGAAAAGAAAGCCAACAAACAAGCAUUCAGUGAAGAGAAAGUGCGACAGACAAAAGAAAAACUAAACCUACAGAAAAACCUUCAGGGACUGAAGUUAUCCUGAUACUGGAAUGGGGGACCAGUCAAAGUACAUAGCCUCUCAAACUGGCAGCAGCCCUCAUCAGUGUUCAGGUGAAACUGGUCAUUUCAGUAUUACACACAGAUAUUUACUGUUCAGGGUAUUGACUGAUGAGGCAUUCCAGAUUCAUGCUUGCUCUAUAGUGUUUGGUCAGGACUGUGCAACCUGGAUUCCGUUGUGUUGAAAUGAUUUUAUUAUUAAUGAUAAAUAUUUAAUGAUUAGUAGGUAUGAAAAACCUAUUGAAAUAGUGGUUUGUACCGAAAGACUUUUUGAAAUGGUUGAUGAAAGUGAUGUUAAUUUUAAAAAAAAAAAAAAACAUCACAAACUUUGUUAUCAAUAAAUUUUUUUUUACA